CGUUUAAAUUUAAUACUACAAUUUGGUGAUAUGGCACUUAAAAUGGCAGGUCCCAAAGAUCACCUGGAAAAAGAAUAUAGUAUACUUCGUCAAGGUUCUGGUGGUGCAUAUUUUCUUAGUGUUCAACAAGUUAUUGAAAAAUUACGUAUCAAACAUGCAUCUUUACUUUUGAAGUUAAAUGUAGAUAUUGACAAUUUUAAUGUGAAGUCUGGUCAUCAAUGUGCGUUAUGUGAUUACAAAUUGUCUGAAGACUGCUGCGAAAUUCUUGAUAACUUGCAAGAUCUAGAAUCUUCUAUUGCUGAUGAUGUUAAAAUGUCACUUAUUCACAUUGCUGGUUAUGUUACAUGAAAUGAUAAAGAACGAACUGAUUAUGAACUUUUAGAUCAAACAACGUUCUAUUUUCAGAAAUAUGGUCAGUUUUCUAAAUUUUUGGAUCGUGGUGGAUUAAAAAUUCCAACUGAUAAUUCAUGCCAAUGGACAUUUUUUUGUUUUGUAGUUUUUCAAAUAGUUAAAGAUCAUGUAUGCCGAAAAUCUUUAAGUAGUAUUUUUAUGAUUAUAUCAGACUAUUAUUUAUUGGAUAUGGAAGAACAUCAUUGUGUAAUAUUGAGCAACAUUUUUUU